AUGAGUAAGCUAGGUAAUAGAAUAGUGCAAUACAUUGCUGGUAUAUGCGUGUCAUUUGCGUUUAGUUUUACUGGAGCUACUAUUUCAUGGCCGUCGCCAGUGAUUCCAAAGAUCAAAAGUGGUUCGGCAAAUUUACAACUCACCGAUACACAGAUAUCAUGGAUGGUAGCACUGGCGGCGUUGGGUGCAUUGCCUGGUUGUUACAUAGGCCAUGUCUUAAGCGAACGCGUCGGCCGACGACGAACAAUUUUUUGCGCAGCCGUUCCCGGAAUUAUAGGUGCGCUAAUGAUUUUGAUAACAAAAAUGCCUGAGAUCAUGUACAUCGCAAGAAUAUUGAUGGGAAUAUCAAAUGGGAUUACCGCUGUGGUGACAAUGAUUUAUUUAACAGAAAUAGCAGACAAAGAAAUUCGAGGAGCUUUGGGUAUGUUGGUGCAAGUGAUGAUCAAUCUUGGAGCACUUGCUAUGUAUGGAAUAGGGCCAUUUGUGUCGUAUAAUGUACUCAAUUCUAUAUUGACGGCAAUUCCCAUUUUUAAUUUGACCAUUUCUUUAUGGAUACCGGAAUCCCCGUACUAUCACCUCAAAGACGGGAGAUUUGCAGCCGCUAAAAAGGAAUUUAUGAUUAUUAAGGGCUGCAAAGAUGUAAAGCGGGCCGAGGAAGAAUUGUCAGUAAUUCGAGUUCAUGUACGGGAUAGUAUGGAAAACAAAUCUACGAUUAAAGAACUGUUGACUAAAGAGAGAUACAGGAAGGCUGUGUAUAUAAUCAUAGGUCUUAAAGUAUUGCAAUAUAUGACUGGGAGUUUGGCGAUACAGUCUUAUUUAGAAGUUAUUUUUAGACAAAGCAGUUCGAUAUCAGGACCAUACGCCAGUAUUGUAUAUGGAUUUGUACAGUUGGGUGCUGGUGUGGGGGCCACGUUCCUAGCUGGUUAUUUUGGUAGAAGAAUUCUUAUGCUUAUAUCUUGCACCGGAGUAGCAGUUUCUUUAUCGAUUGUAGGCUUGUAUUUUUAUUUGCAAGAUACGAUGCUAAUAAAUUCAGAAACACUUUCCUCUAUAUCUACUGUACCUUUAAUAGGUAUAUUAGGUUUUAACAUAUUAUAUACAGUUGGCUUAGGGAAUAUACCUUAUAUAAUGCAAGCGGAACUUUUCCCUAUAAACGUAAAAACGGUAGCGUCUAGUGGAGCUACUAUGAUGGCAUGCGUUUUUAAUUUUGCAGUUACUAAGUCUUACCAAGGUAUCAAAGACGUGUUUGGACAUUACACCGUAUUCUGGUCAUUCGCGAGUAUAGCUUAUUUUGGGGUACUUUUCAUUUAUUUCUUUGUACCCGAAACAAAAGGUAAAACAUUAGAAGAAAUACAAGAAUACAUGGAGGAAAGUAAAUUAGAAAUGGAAAUGUUACAUGUUAAGGAUAAUAUUGAAUUAUCAAGAGAAAAGAGUAAUUUAUAA